AGAUCAGAGGGGUACGUGUAAACGACAAAAUCGCGCUCCCAUCUUUUUUUUCACCGUAUACGGCUCGGCUCAGGCUUAUUCGUUGGUCUCUAGUUACACCUACACAGAGACAGAGAGCCUCGGGAACUGAAGGUAGAAGAAGUAGAAGGAAAAGGAAGAACGAAGAAGAAGAUAAGGAGCAGCAGCGACGCGACGUUUGCGUGGAACCCUCGCAGGUCUUCCUGGUUUCAUCCAAAAACUAACGUUUCCAGUGCGUUUGGACCGAGACUUUGGUAGCUCAGGACAAACUGACGAGCUUCUGGUAUAGAUCUGCUUGCUGGCUUUUGUGGGUCCGGGAGCUGUUAUAGUGAGUGAACUUUAAUUUGCAUUCUCUCCUUUUUGUUACCACAAGGGGUCGUAAAACAUGCAGACACCAAAAACAAGUUUGAAAACAUUGGAAUCUUCUCCUUUCACUUGACAUCUGCACAUCCAGUAAAAAGCUACCGGAAAUAUGCAAGUGGAGUUAAUUUCAUGCAAUCUAAUAUGGAGAAGUGGCUCCUCAGAGGUGCCUCAGAGGACAUCACAAGGGACUCCUAGAGCUGUCCGGCAACUCAAGACUCCUGGAUCUGACUCUGAUUCCGUUUCUUCAGCAACUCCAGUGAACAGGACACCAAAAGAUAGAAGCCCUAAAGUUAAUGAACGAAGGUCACCAAGAAGCCCUGUAACUGAGAAGAAGCGCCCAAGCAGAGUUUCUGAGUUGGAGUCUCAGCUUGCUCAACUCCAAGAAGAUUUGAAGAAGGCAAAGGAUCAGCUUACAUCAUCUGAGACAUGGAAGAAGCGAGCUCAGCAGGAGGCAGAAGAGGCAAAGAAGCAGCUCUUAGCCAUGACUGCAAAGUUCGAAGAGUCCCAGCAGCAGCUUCUGGACUUGUCUGCUUCAGAAGAAGCCCGAAUCCAAGAACUCCGGAAGAUUUCUCAGGAGCGGGAUCGGGCAUGGCAGUCUGAACUGGAAGCUGUUCAGAAGCAGCACUCAGUGGACUCAGCUACCCUGGUGUCUGCCAUGAAUGAGAUCCAGAGGCUUAAGAUCCAUCUGGAAAUGGUGGCUGACUCUGAAGCUGCCCAAACUAAGCGUGCUGAAACAGCACAAGCCGAGAUCCAGAAUUUGAAACAGGACCUGGCAGAAGCCCUUUCUCUUGUGGAGAACAUGAAAGCUGAAGUCAAGGAUUGCAAAGAAUCUGAGGCUCAAGCCCAAGCACUGGUAAGCGAAACUUUACUAGAACUGGAAACUGCCAAAUCAACUGUUGAGACGUUACAAUCAGAUAGCCUUAAAGCAACAGAGUCUUACAGUUCCCUAACUUCAGAGCUGGAGAAGUCGAGGGAUCAAGUGAGUUCCUUUGAGGCACAAGUGAGCAAACUUCAGGCAGAUCUGGUUAGUGCUAACAGCAAAGUGUCAGUAGUAGAGAAUUCAUGUGAUGAUAAAGGAGAAAGUGAGAAAGGUGAGGAGAUUGCAGAAUCAAAUGAAGUCAAGGUGGAGCUUAAUUCUCUGAAGUUAGAGGUGGGACAACUGAAGUCUGCCUUGGAAGCCGCUGAGAUCAGGUGUCAGGAGGAACAAAUUCGGAGCACAAUGCAGAUUCAAAGUGCCUAUGAACGAGUGGAACAAGCAAAAUCUGAAUUUAGCCUGAGGGAAGCUGAACUGGAGGCAGAACUAAAGAAAAGUAUGGCCUGUAUUGAAGAGUUGAAGGCGAACCUGAUGGAUAAGGAAACUGAAUUGCAGAAUAUUUCCGAGGAAAAUGAAGGAUUGAAUAUUAAGAUCAAGAUGAACCAGUCCAGGGAGAGGGAAUCCCAACUGGAAAUGGAACUGACGAAGUCCAAAGCAGAUGUAGAAGAUUUGAAAGCAAACUUAAUGGACAAGGAAACAGAAUUGCAGAAUAUAUCUGAAGAGAAUGAGAUGCUGAAGGUGGAAAUCCAGAAGGAAAUAGAAGGGAGUAAAGCUAGAAAUGAGGCCAUUGCCGAGGCAGAGGCUGCUAGGACUGCAGAGAAAGAAGCUCUGAUGAAACUUGGUUAUGCAACCGAGGAGGCAGAUAAAAGCAGCAAGAGGGCAGCAAGGGUAGCAGAGCAGUUGGAGGAAUCUCAGGCAGCAAAUUUGGAAAUGGAAGCAGAGUUGAGGAGGUUGAAGGUGCAGUCGGACCAAUGGAGGAAGGCAGCUGAGGCAGCUGCUGCAGUUCUUUCAACUGGGAACAAUGGCAAGUUUAUGGAUAGAUCAGGGUCUUUGGACAGUUACCAUCCUGUUGGGGAUAUGGGUUCACCUUAUUCAGAAGAUCUAGAUGAUGACUCGCCCAAGAAGAAGAACAACAUGCUGAAGAAGAUUGGGGUGCUGUGGAAGAAGGGCCAGAAAUAAAUGGACCUCAUGGUUUUUUUGUGAGUAGGAGAAGCUGAAUUCCAUUACUGGGCAUUUGGGCUACUUUGUAAAGCUUAAACCGGAAAGCUUUUACCCCCCCCCCUCCCUCUCUCUCUUCUGCGGAGGAGUCAGCUAGAUGUGGUAAAUAUUUGUUUUAAUCUUUUAGAGAAUUUUCGCUUUAAUGGUAUGAAAAGAUUGUCUGUCAGUGUUGUUCCAUUAUCCAGCAUUAUUAAAUAUGAAACGGAAGGUAGCUGGGUCCUCAGCAACAAUCUAUCUUUAUUUGUAUUAUGAGCUUGGUUUUGGGAAGUUUCUUUUGGGCGUAUUCUCUGAAGUCUGUACAGCCUCUUGAUUAAAUUUACCUAAAAAUCUGUUUCACGGUACUGUCAAGGACAUUUGCUUUAACUAUGCCUUGUAUACUUUGUGAA